GGUAGAGACCAUGGAGGAGUAAAAGUUACAUGUUUCCCUUUUCCCACUCACUCAUUGCUUAUUCUCAUUAUCUCCACAGAUACAGAUUCUUUAUUUUUCUUUAAUUUGCAGAAUCAUCAGAAUUCAUAAAUCAGGAAUGAGAAAUCACACAGAGUUAACAUUGUUCAUCCUACGGGGACUGACUGAUGACCCAAAGCUGCAGGUUUUGCUUUUUAUCGUUCUGUUUUUCAACUAUAUGCUCAGCAUAAUUGGAAACCUGACAAUCAUUACUCUCACCUUGGUGGAUCCCCAUCUGAAAACUCCCAUGUAUUUUUUCCUCAGAAACUUCUCCUUCUUAGAAAUCUCAUUUACAACAUCCUGCAUUCCCAGAUACCUCUACAGCAUAUCCACUGGGGACAAUACCGUUACUUAUAACGCCUGUGCUACACAACUAUUUUUAGUCAUCUUUCUUGGGGCAGCAGAGUUCUUUCUUCUAGCCACCAUGUCCUAUGAUCGCUAUGUGGCCAUCUGUAAACCUCUGCAUUAUACAACUAUCAUGAAUAACAAAGUAUGUAAUCGGCUCCUGCUGAGUUCCUGGCUGUCUGGGCUGCUGAUCAUUCUCCCACCACUUAUCAUGGGCCUCCAAUUAGAAUUCUGUGACUCCAAUGUUAUUGAUCAUUUUGCCUGUGAUGCAUUUCCCGUGUUAGAGAUUUCAUGCACAGACACAACUUUUAUAGAGAAGAUAGUUUUGAUUGAUGCUAUAUUGACACUCAUCAUCACCUUACUCUUUGUGAUUGGGUCAUAUGCCUCCAUCCUCAGGACUAUUUUGAAAUUCCCCUCUUCCCAGCAAAGACAAAAGGCCUUUUCUACUUGUUCAUCCCACAUGAUUGUUGUCUCCAUUUCAUAUGGCAGUUGCAUCUUCAUGUAUGUCAAAUCUUCUGCAAAUGAAAUGGUAGCUUUGAACAAGGUAGUGUCAGUUCUAAUGGGCUCUGUUGCCCCUGUGAUGAACCCCUUUAUUUAUACCCUGAGGAACAAACAAGUCAUACGAUCCUUUAAGGAUUUAGUUAAAAAGAUUGCAAUUCUCUCAAAGCAGUAAAAGA